AUGCCCGAGCUAGAAGCCACCCCGGAGUUCGAGGCUACUGCUGCCGACCUCUCGCCCUACUGCCCGUCCCCCCUCCACUCCGCCGCUCCAACCGUUGUGCCUGCCCUCCAGGAUACUGCUGAUAUCCUUGAUGCAAUGUCGACGUCCGCCCAAACUAAUGGAGUCGCCUACGGUGGCGUAGACGCUCCCGCCCCCGCAGUUGCAUCCGUCCCGGCCGACUCGUAUGCCAUGGCCGACAACAGCGGCGCAAAUGGCGACGACGACGACGUCGACAGUCUGGAUGAUGCCUACGGAGAGGAGGACGAGACACACGCGGACAAGGUGCAGGAACAACAGGUGGAGCCAGACGCCGGCGAGGAUGACUAUCUCAAGAUCUUCGACUCCCCUCCUCGGGAUGCGGAUGAGGAUGGCGCUGAUCAGGAUGAUGUAUCAAAGGCACCAGAAUCCAUGCACAAUUCCGCCGCUUCUGAUUCUUUGACCAGCCCUUCUCAUGGGGCCCCUCCGCCUGUCGCUGAUUCCUCGUCGGCCCGCCCUGCUGCUGCAGACCAAUCCUCCUCCACCAAUCCCGCGCCUCCCACGACAGCUACCGCCCACCCAGGAGCUGAUUCGAGCGCGCCCAACUCGACUGCCAACGUCGCCUCGUCCAACGCACGCAAUGACAAUGCCCCCGAGGAUGAUCACGCCGCUGAUAUUUCUCGCCUCGUCGCCGAGAUGACUGGCCAGACGAGCGAGUCCAACGCAGGCCAAAGCCCUGCCGGCUCUACCCAGAACCAUGAUGCCCUGUCAUCCUCCAACUUGACCCCCUCCGCGUCUGCUACUCUUCCUCCCAGACCUCCAGUGCCCCAGCAGACGGCUCCCACCUUCCCUUCUGAAGACUAUCGAGGCUUUCAUCAGCAUAAUGGCGCCGCCCCCCAGGGCCCUUCCAACAUGAUCGCGCCGCCCACGCCAGGACAGCCAUCCACCUAUGUGUCUGCGGGUGCCCCAGGUGCCCCCGGCACCACGUCCGACGCCUUUGGCGGCCUCCCUCCCCCUCCCGCAACCGGUCUGAACGCGGCUGUCCCGAUCACAUCCAUGACUGCGCCUCCGUAUCCCAACCCUGCCGGCCAUGCAGCUAACCAGCCGGAUGAGUCUACUGACCGCCAGAAGCAUUGGGACACCUUUGUGAACGACGAGCGCCGGUACAUGGCGGACGCUAAGUGGGAUAGAUUCCCCGAUGGCUCACGCAUCUUUAUUGGUUCGCGCUCUCUCUCAUCAGGCAGACCCGACGGCGCCAUUGACUUCUUUUCAGGCAACUUGUCGAGCGAACGCGUCUCGAAACGGGAUGUCUUUGACAUCUUCCACAAGUACGGCCGCCUCGCCCAGAUCUCGCUCAAGUCGGCCUACGGUUUCGUCCAGUACCACAACCUGGAGGACGCCCAGGCUGCCAUGGACAAUCUGCAGGGCAUCGAGAUCAAGGGCCGCAAGAUUCAUCUUGAGAUCUCGCGCGCUCAGAAGAAGAAGGACGGCAGCGAACGCAAUCGUUCCCCGGACCGCGGGGGCCGCGGGGGCCGACAGGCAGGGCGUCAAGAUCGUCAGGACGCAGGCAGCUCGCACCACGACAACCGUCGCAACCGCGACGACUACAGGCCGGGUCGUAACUCCCCUCCGAGGCGGAACGGCGGUCACGCCCGAGAGGACAGCCACGGCCGGGAGCGCUAUCACUACGACGCCCACGACCGAUCGCGUGGCCGAUCCCGUUCUCCUUCGGGUUACGGCCGUCAGAAGGACGGUUACCGCAGACGCAGUCCCAGCCCGCCCGCUUUCAACCGAGCUUCUGCCGCUGAUGACCGCCUUGACAUCCCGCGUCGGUAUGGUAACCAGGUCCCCGAUGUCCAAUUCCUGCUCCUCCAGGAGCUCAGCCGCGACUUCAUUGCUUGGGUUGAGCGUGGCUUCACUGACCGAGGCUUGAAGGUGGAUGUUAUGUUCCUUCACCCCAGCUUUCCCCGUGAGGCAAUCAUUCAGAGACAGGUGAUUGAGGGCGUCCACGCCAUUGUGGACCUCGACGUGCACGCGCAAAAUAUGGGCAAGAUCCCGGUCCGAGUUUUUGACCGCUCUGGCGGUGUCAGUGCUCGGUAUGACGACUACCGUGACAUCGAUCCCCCUAUCGCGGCAGAACUGGUCCUCCGGGCCAAGUCGCAGGCAAUCCCGGCAGCUACCCCAUAUCAAAGUGCGCCGCCUCCCCAACCGCAGUAUCCAGGAUACGGUCAGCCGUACGGACAGCCUGUACCACCUCACACACCUACCUACCCCGGAAACCAAGGUCCUCCUCGUGGCCCGCCUCCUGCUCAGCAGCCCCCGGUCACCCCAGCGGAUCUUGCUAGCAUGAUGAGCGGUAUCGACAAUGCGACCCUCCAGCGGCUGUUAGCCAGCAUGAGCUCCCAAGGCGCUGGCCCGGCUGCUCCGAACAGCGCCGCCGGGGCUGCAAACGCUCAGUUUCAAGCCCUCAUGGGAGGCAUGCAGACGGCACCGCCUGCGGCACCGACCCAGCCUGCCUCGUACGGCGGACAGGCGUAUGCUCCCAAUGGCCCGCCGCCAACCAACGGCCACCCUGUGCCAGCCGGCACCGGUGAUUCAGCCGCGCAGGUUGAGAACAUCAUGGCACAGCUUGCCAGAUAUCGACAGUGA